GCCUAGUCCUAGUCCCCCGUGCGCCAUUUUUGACGAGCUAUUAUUGUGAUUACAAAUGAACCGUCGGGAACGGAAGGAGACGUUCCUAAUUUGCCCUUCACCCUCCCAGCAAAGCAAUAACAGCAGGAUAUAUUGGUUUGCAAAGCAAGAUUGUCAGGAAAUAACACUCUACAUCAAAGCAGAUGUAAUCCUGAUUUGAGGGUUUACAAACGGCCUUUUUGGCCUGAGGCGGGUUGCAAAGUUGUUAGAAGAAUGGGAGAUCCAUGGAUAAGGAAACAGGGGUAUUUGAAACGGUUAAAGAACUUGAAAAAAAGAUAUUUCGUCCUUCGACCAAUAUCUCCUACAGGCAAGGCAAGAUUGGAAUACUACGAGAACGACAAGAAAUUUCGCGCGCAUAGCCCACCAAAGCGUGUCAUUGAAUUGUCAAGUUGUUUUAGCAUCGCUCAAAAAGAUGACACUAAGCACAAGUUUGUGUUCGUCCUAUACACGCGCGAGGACGUGUUUGGGCUGAUAGCCGAAUCACACCACGAACUGACUCAAUGGAUGGACGCGCUUCUCGACGAGAAAGAAAAAAACGAAGCUGCGCCGGAGAGAGAUCUCCUUUGUGUUGAGAAAAUAUCAAUCCAUGCCAGUCCGUGGAUGAAUCGUAAACUGCGCAGUGUUCUUCAGCCCGAAUGGAACAUUGUCAUAAAGCCUCGGGGCCUAGGUACCAGUAAGAACCUGGCCGGAUCUUGCAAGUUACAGCUGACAAAUGAAGCCAUUCAGCUGAUCAGUAAAGCCCCUGGCAACCCUGUGACAGAGCUGCAGCUGAAUUGCAUCAGACGCUGUGGACACACAGACUGCUUUUUCUACAUGGAGCUUGGCCGGUCAGCAGCCACAGGUGCAGGGGAGAUAUGGGUUCAAGUUGAAGAUCCGCUUCUGGCUCAGAACAUGCAUGAAGCGAUUUUGGGAUCAAUGCAUUCAAUGUCAGGCUUUGAGCAAACCAGAGCUCGUCCCCAGGCUUCUACAAUAAAGCCAAGGCCAACAUCACUUCUCUUCUCCACUCCCCCUCGAACAUGGUCUGACACUUCACCCGACUCUCCCACCCUUCCAAGGGCACGCAUGGGCUCGGCAUCACGUGAUAGACAUCCCUCUGAAAGUGACAGCCCCAAAGCAACCAAGCCUGCUGUGAUAACACGAAUUUUGUCUGGCAGCAAGAAAAAAUCUGAUGACAUGGCACAUUCCAUACCUAAGGGACGUCGUAUUCAGUCCCGGUCUCUCUCGGUCGAACCUGGACAUGGGAGCCUGUUGAUGCGUGCCCAGUCAGCUGACUUCUCGCGGAUGCUUAGUGGGGUUGAGUUGCCAAGUCUAGGGAGCCCUAACUCUGUGAAAGAGAUAGAUUUUGAGCCGAUAGAGCCCGUCCGGACCAUGUCCAACUCUUCCAGUUCCUCGGGAUACAGUUCGGGGAUCAGUUGGGACACACAAGUCAAGACAGCUUCUCCUGAUAACCCAGAUAUAGCUGAAGCUGCUGAAGUUAUACAAAUUGAGAAAGUAGAGGACACAACCAAGAGUGAAUGCAUUGUCAUGGAAAGUGUCAACCAGGAGAUGCAAAAGAGAGAUGAACAUCAAGAUACUCCAAGUGAGAACAAACCAGAAGUAACAACAGCUGAAGGGACUCCAGACAAGAAAGUUCUGACGCAGCGCGGAAGGACUGGUUAUGAAGACAUGUCUGGUAACAUAGACACCAUUAUUAAGGAAGAAGAAGGAGCAAAACGACAGCCACAGCUUUCUGACACCCUCAAGUCAUCACCCAAACAGAAACGCACCUCUGUUAGUGAUGUAAGAGCUGACGUUCGUGAGUUAGUGAAUUUUAAGGGAAGUCAAAGCAUCCCAGUUCCAAAAUCGAAUGGAUCCCCCAGAUCUCAACACCAGGACUAUGUGACAAUGUCUCCACUGAGUAUAGGUCACUCUUAUGUCAACUUUAAACCUGGUAGCAUGAUUGAAAAGCAUGAAGGUGAUAUCCAAAACCAUGAAAAUACUGUAAAGAAUAGUGGCUUUGAACAAGAAUCACCCUAUAUGAAUAUUGGGUCUUUAAAGACUGAUUCGGAGGAACCGUCCUAUAUGAAUUUCAAGCCUGGAGAAUCAAAUAGUACCCUAUGUCGAUUGGAUACUAGUGAUUACAUGAAUGUUAAACCUGCUGGUAGUGCCAGUGAUACUGGUUCUAGUGAAGGACCGAACUACGUGAACUUCUGUCCUGUCUCAGCAAGUCCUGAGACUACUAAAAAAUCUGGCAAGCAGAAAAAGCAUUCAUAUGAAAACGUAUCAUCUGAUGGAAUCUUAAAGUUAUCUAAAGCACAUGAGGAACCUGAGUAUAUGAAUAUUGCUUCUAGAAGUCCAGGCCGGCAUAAACCGAUUGCUCCUUCAAGACGGUCAACUGGAGUGAUUCCAAGACCUCAAAGGGCUUCACCAAGGCGCCGGGAAAGUGAACCUGCAAAAGGUUUAUCAGAUGAGGAAGCUGGCUUGUUAUUUUUGGAUUUCAGUCAGCGAAAUAAAUCCCAAGAUGAGAAGAAAAAAGAAGGGAAUGAUAAAUCUUUAAACUAUAUCUCACUUGAUUUGUCCCACAGAGGUGACUCUUCUCCUAAAGCUAGGCCACCUAGAAUAGAUCUCAGUUCCUCAAGACUACAUAAGCAUCACAGUGACCUCAGCCCUAAGUCAGCACCAGCAUCCAGUGCUUAUUCAGAGAUAGACUUUACCAAGUCACAGGGACUUAGGCAGGCAAGACUAGAAAAGGAAAAGCCAAAGUCUUAAACAAAAUAUUCCCCUGUUUUAGUACUCCCUAACUACAUUUCUCAAUAUUCUGUGAACUACCGCAUAUGAUUUUUCCAACCAUUUGCCAGCACUGGAAUUGCUUGCAAUCACAACAAAUCUCUGUAAUAAGGUGCUGACCCAUGAAUAAGCACCAAAUGUAAUUCCAUGAGUUUUAAUUGGCCAGAAUCGGUUGGAAAUUUUUGACAAAAGUUCCCAAAAUGUUGAAAUUUGCAGUAGACCACUGGCCUUUAUUUGAUUAUGGAUAGAUAGAUAUGCCUCUAAAGAUAGAUGGAUAGAUAGAUAGAAGUGCCUUUAUUUAAUGAUGGUUGCACAAUAGGCAAUAGUAGAUCCAGUACAUCCAAUAGGGGGGAUUGCAUCUUGCUAUUUCCUGGCAGGUUUUUCGAAAAAAACUCAACUGUUUGGCAAAUUUUUCACCAGGUCAGUGGAAUUUCCCAGUAAACAUUUAGUGAAACUGUGCAGUUCUGACAGGGAGAAUAUGAGUCUACCAGGUAGGCAAAAAAAAACCCACUACUAGGUCAGGUUUCACAAGGGCUUUUGUAGGGGGGUGUUUUUCACUUUUCUGUAUUUUGGAUUUUUUUUGUUUGAUAUCACUUGCCAUCUUUUGAAUAUUCCAUAUAGAUAUGCCUUGAUAUUUUACCAUUUUUUUCACCAUUUUGAGUGGAUAGGUAUGUAGCAAGCGGACCAGGCACUUUAUACAUAAAAUUGAAUGAAAUUUUACAUUUUUUGUUUUUGAUUGACCAGCAUGGGAAUUGACAUAGAUAAACCAAUCUGUUUUCAAUAAGUAAGAGGCUAAUCAGUAACCACAGUGAAUAUUUGAAUUUGCUGCCAUAUGUCAAUUUUAUUUUUACCAAUUACUCUUAUCAAACAUUUAUGAAAAUCUUUCUUACAUUUCCAAAAUUCCUUUCACAUAAUUUUUUACAUGAAGUAUAUGUAUAUAUAUUUGAGUAAUCCAUGAAUUAUUAACUGGGAGAGUAAAAUAUAUUAUCUCAAGUA